AUGAUGCACAGAAAGAAUAAUACAAACGUGGCUGACUUCAUCCUUGUGGGAUUUACAGAUGCUGAAGACAUCCAGCUGGUGCUCUUUGUGCUGUUUCUCCUGAUAUACCUGGUCACUGUGCUGGGGAAUGCAGGGAUGAUAACGGUCAUCCGCCUGGAUGCCCAACUUCACACCCCCAUGUAUUUUUUCCUCAGUCACCUGUCUUUCAUUGACCUCAGUUACUCAAAUGUUGUCACUCCUAAAACAAUAGGAAACUUACUGACCUCCAACAAGAAGAUUUCCUACGUGAAUUGCUUCACCCAAAUGUACUUUUUUAUAUUCUUGACUGGCGCUGAAUGUUUUCUUCUCUCCUCCAUGGCCUAUGAUCGCUAUGUAGCCAUCUGCAAUCCUCUCCACUACCCGGUUGUCAUGUCCACCAGACGCUGCUGCUCCCUCGUCUUCGGGUCCUAUGUAGUAGGUUUUAUGGAUUCCUUAAUAAAUGAACUUUGCAUGAGCAGAUUGCACUUCUGCAACUCCAAUGUAAUCCAUCAUUUUUUCUGUGAUGCAUCCCCAAUUUUAGCCCUGUCUUGCACUGAAACCCGGGACACUGAACUCGUGAUAUUCAUUUUUGCUGGCUCCACACUCAUGUUCUCUCUUAUCACAAUAUCAGUGUCCUAUGUGUCCAUUCUCUCCACUAUCUUGAAAAUUAAUUCUGCUUCAGGAAAGAGAAAAGCCUUCUCCACCUGUGCCUCACAUCUCUUGGCAAUCACCAUCUUUUAUAGCACCAUGAUCUUCACUUAUUUAAGGCCAAGUAAGUCCUACUCCUUGGGAAAGGAUCAGGUGGCUUCCGUGUUUUACACUAUUGUGACCCCCAUGCUGAAUCCCCUCAUUUAUAGUCUUCGCAACAAAGAAGUGAAAAAUGCUGCCCUUAGACUCCUGCAGAAGAGAGAGGGCUCCAGGCACUUCAAAUAA